CUUGCCGCCGCCGCAAUGAACGUGGACGGCGCCGGCGCCGCGGGAGGAGCGGCGCGCAUGCCCGCCAAGCGCCGCCUGCCCGCCGCCGACCCGCACAGGCUCUUCGAGGACACGAGCGCCGCCGCCGCCCCGCCGCCCGCCGCCGCCUACGCCCCCCAGGCGGCCUUCCUGCCGGACCCCGUCUCCAGCUUCGCCGCCGCCUACGGGAGCAGCCUGGCCACGCAGGGAAAGGAGCUCGUGGACCGCAACAUCGACCGCUUCAUUCCUGUGACCAAGCUGAAGUACUACUUUGCCGUUGACACUGUCUAUGUCAGCCGAAAACUGGGGCUGCUACUCUUCCCCUUCCUGCACCAGGACUGGCAGGUGCAGUACCAGCAGGACACCCCUGUGGCGCCACGCUUUGAUGUCAACGCCCCUGACCUCUACAUUCCAGUCAUGGCAUUUAUCACCUACAUUCUGGUGGCAGGGCUGGCGCUAGGAACACAGAAUAGGUUCUCCCCAGACCUGCUGGGCUUGCAGGCGAGUUCGGCCCUGGCUUGGCUGAUCGUGGAGGUGUUGGCCAUCCUCCUCAGUCUCUACCUCGUGACCGUCAACACGGACUUGUCCACCAUUGACUUGGUCGCCUUCUCGGGGUACAAAUACGUUGGGAUGAUCGUCGGCCUCUUGGCUGGGCUGCUGUUUGGGAAGAUGGGCUACUACCUGCUGCUGAGCUGGUGCUGCGUCACAAUCUUUGUCUUUACGAUCCGAACCCUGCGCCUGAAGAUCCUCUCCGAGGCGGCAGCGGAAGGGGUGCUGGUGCAGAGUGCCAAAAAUCAGCUGCGCAUGUACCUGACCAUGGCCGUGGCCGGCCUGCAGCCCCUCAUCAUGUACUGGCUCACCUUCCACCUUGUCCACUGACGGCUUGUGGAAAGUCUGGCCGUCCCCCAGGGAGGCGGCCUGGAGGCAGCACAACUGGACCUACCGUCCCUGCAGCGGUGCCUCUCUGUGUGUGUUGUGGGAGUGCCGGCGGGGGGGGGAGGUGGAGUGUGUGCAUGAGCUCGUGAGGGUGAAGGGCAGAGGAGGCAGCCGCUUCUGGGCCAUGGCUUGGUGGGGGAGAAGGGAGGCAGCAGGACAGCGUCCCCUGCCUGACCUGCCGCAGCCCCUUCCUCUGCCGGCCUCACAGCUGCUGUGCUCAUGGGGCGAGUAGUGCCUGGAGUGCCCAUGCUAGGCCUUGCUCUGGACAUCGGGGCAGCAGAAGCUGCUGAAGCGGCAGCUGGUGAGUGACUCAGUGUUACGACGGCGGGAGAGCAGCCAGCACUGGGCCUGGGGGAGCCCGUUGAACCUCCCACGGCCCCAAAAGGUUCUUGCUUGCCUGUCCCAUAUUGUGGCUCACCACACCGUGUGCACAACAAGCAAAAUAAAAAGUGAAAACUA